GUCAUCAUCCACAGAAAGGUCUAUGAUGUAACGGACUUCCUGCCAGAACACCCGGGAGGGUCUAAGGUCAUCCUCAAGUAUGGAGGAAAAGAUGCCACGGCAGAGUUCGAACCCAUUCAUCCUCCCGAUACCCUCGACAAAUACUUGCCCAAGGACAAGCAUCUCGGCCUCGUCGAGAUGAAAACCGUCGCCGUAGUUGAGCACAAAGAGUCAUUGGUCGAGCUGGAGCGAAAACAACGGGUUGCUCAGAUGCCUAGCCUUGAAGCCUGCUACAAUUUGAUGGAUUUCCAAGCUGUGGCAAAGAGAGUCAUGAGGCCGUCUGCUUGGGCCUAUUAUAGCUCUGGAGCAGACGACGAGAUCACGAUGAGAGAAAACCAUAACGCCUUCCACCGUGUCUGGUUUCGACCCCGUAUCCUCAGAAACGUCGCGGAAAUUUCAACCAGAACGGCUAUGCUUGGUACUCCCGUCGAUAUGCCUUUUUAUGUUACGGCUACGGCGCUGGGCAAGCUAGGCCAUCCGGAAGGCGAAGUGAUUCUUACUCGGGGAGCACACAAGCACGGUGUCAUUCAGAUGAUACGAACUCUGGCUUCGUGUAGUUUCGACGAGAUAUGCGACGCUAGAGCCGGCUCACAGGUUCUGUGGCUACAACUCUAUGUCAACAAAGAUCGCGAAAUUACUCGAAGGAUCGUCCAACAUGCCGAGACAAGAGGCUGUAAGGGCUUGUUCAUCACUGUGGAUGCGCCUCAGCUUGGGAGACGAGAAAAGGACAUGCGAUCCAAGUUCGAGGAUACAGGUUCGAACUUUCAGGACGCUGAAGGAGAGGAUGUUGAUAGGACACAAGGCGCGGCCCGAGCCAUCUCGUCGUUCAUUGACCCUAGCCUCUCUUGGGACGACAUUCCCUGGUUCUUCGAGAUUACCAAGAUGCCUGUCAUUCUCAAGGGCAUCCAAUGCGUCGAAGAUGUUCUGAAGGCGAUAGAAAUAGGGGUGCAAGGAGUAGUCCUCUCAAACCACGGAGGUCGACAGAUUGAUUUCGCUCCUUCGGCAAUCGAGGUGCUGGCAGAUGUUAUGCCUGUACUUCGUGAACGAGGAUUACAGGACAAGAUUGAGAUUUAUAUAGACGGAGGUGUCCGUCGUUCAACUGACAUUAUCAAGGCAUUAUGUCUUGGUGCAAGGGGGGUUGGAAUCGGACGUCCAUUUCUCUAUGCUAUGUCGACGUACGGCUUGGCCGGCGUGAGCCGAGCGAUGCAGCUGCUGAGGGACGAGAUGGUUAUGAACAUGAGGCUCAUUGGCGCGGCAAACAUUCAUCAGCUGACACCUGACCUGAUUGAUGCCUCUAAUUUGAAGUCGCACGUCGCUUCUAUAUCUUCAGAUACCUUGUCGUUGGCGACAUAUGCUCCCUUACUGCCACCACAGCAACGGCCCGAGUCCAAGCAAUAAGACUAGCCCUACCGAUAUGUAUGUACAUAGCUAGAAAUAUCUCGAC